AUGUCGAGGCCUACAGUAUCCGUCAUCAGCCCUAAGGGCGAGAGCUCUUCCGAGAGCAUCGCUGUGCCCAAUGUCUUCAAGGCGCCCAUCCGCCCCGACAUCGUUCACACCGUGCACACCGGAAUGAACAAGAACCGUCGCCAGCCCUACGCUGUCUCUGAGAAGGCUGGUCACCAGACAUCUGCUGAGUCAUGGGGUACCGGUCGCGCUGUUGCCCGUAUCCCCCGUGUCUCUGGUGGUGGAACUCACCGUGCUGGUCAGGCCGCCUUCGGUAACAUGUGCCGCUCUGGCCGCAUGUUUGCGCCCACCAAGGUCUGGCGCAAGUGGCACCAGAAGAUCAACCUCAACCAGAAGCGUUUCGCGACCGCCUCCGCGCUCGCCGCCUCUGGCAGCCCUGCUCUUCUCCUCGCCCGCGGUCACGCCAUCUCCACCGUCCCCGAGGUUCCCCUCGUCGUCUCCUCGACCGCCUUCGCUGAUGGCGCCAUCAAGAAGACCUCCGCCGCCGUUGCCCUUCUCAAGGCCGUCGGUGCCGGUGCCGACAUCGAGAAGGCCAAGAACUCUCGCAAGGUCCGCGCUGGUAAGGGUAAGAUGAGGGGUCGCCGCCACAAGCAGCGCCGUGGUCCUCUUGUCAUCUACAACCCCGAGGAGGAUGGCAAGGACCUCGUCCUUGCUUUCCGCAACAUCCCCGGUGUCGAGACCAGCUCCGUCUACUCGCUCAACCUCCUCCAGCUCGCCCCUGGUGGCCACCUCGGUCGCUUCGUCGUCUGGUCGUCGUCUGCUUUCUCUGCCCUCGACAAGAUCUACGGCUCCACCACCGAGGCCUCUGCUCUCAAGAAGGACUUCCUCCUGCCCUCCACCAUCAUGAAGCAGCCCGAUCUGUCCAAGAUCAUCAACUCCAGCGAUGUCCAGAAGGUCCUCCGCCCCGUCCGUGGCGGUGCCAUCUCCAAGCGUGGCGUUGUACAGAAGAAGAACCCUCUCAAGAACUUCCAGGUCCAGCUUCGCCUCAACCCCUACGCCGCCGCUUUCUCGAAGCAGAAGCUCGGCCAGGCCAAGGUUGAGAAGACCAAGGAGAGGUCCGGCGAGUCUUUCGCCAACCUGUUGGCUGAGAACUAA